UUAUUUAACCAUACAAAGCAAAGGAAUAAAUUAGGAACUAAAAUAAAAAGAGAACGGAACUUCUGUACUGGUCCUCCACACUGACGGACGCGCCGUUCGCCGGAAGACUCCAUUGCGGAGCUUCCUUUUCCUCUCUUCUGGUGCAAGAACUGUGAAGUGAGGUGACGUGUGUAAAGUGACCGCUACUUCUUUUUGGUUCAGAUAGACAUCAAGUUGUGGACUGAAUGGGGUGCUAGAAUAACCGUGCAGAAUCGUGUGUAGCCUAAUGGUUUGUAAUUAUUAUACUUGUACACCUAGGAGCUCUGGGAUUAUGUUAUUUAUUCUACGCUUCCGCAUACUUGAAUUCUAUUGCUUAAAAUGACGCCGAUGUUAGAAAUCCCUAAACUAGAAUAUGAGCCGGCCUUCGGCGGUUUAACACCCGCUUGGCCGGUCACGACUUCCAGGGUCGGUUUUAGGUCGUGACAUUGACGUUCGGCAAAAUCCACUUCCUCCACCUCCCCCUCUUAUCGGCAAUCUCGUAAGCGUUAUACAAGGGCUAGUUUUCGAAGGAAGAGCGGCCGAGCUUCGUUCAGAAAUCGACAGAGCUGUCACCUCUCUAUCUGUCUGCAACGUGGGUGCUUCAGGAAAGCGAAAGUGGGAGGAUCCGAGCUCCGGCAGCGCCAUAACUUUUUCUUCCAACGACUUAAAAGGAGUGCAGCUUCCACACGCGGAUGCCCUCGUUGUUACUGUUGCUAUUGAAAAAUCAACCGUACAACGGGUAUUGAUAGAUCAGGGAAGCUCGGCCGAUGUCAUGUUUUUCUCCACUUACCAGAGCCUCGGACUAUCUCCCGCUCAACUUCAAACGGCGUCAACUCCCCUUGUCAGCUUUACGGGAGCCCCGGUGUGGCCACUCGGCCUGAUUACCCUCCCUGUGCGAGCUGGAUCACGCGUCCUGGAGAUCGAAUUUGUGGUGGUCGCUUCGCCAAGUCCGUACAACGUCAUUCUUGGCCGAACCUGGCUACACGAAAUGCAGGCGGUUGCUUCAACCUAUCACCAGGUGGUAAAAUUCGUCGGAUGGAACGGACGUCAGGAGAGCAUCCGAGGCGAUCAAAUCCAAUCCAAGAAAUGCUACAUCAGCACUGUAACGAACAAACAGAGCUGUAUGGAGGUACAAUGCAUGGCUGCCGCUCCUACCCCAAUAAUUGAGGAUGUUGGUGUACUUGCCGAACAGAGGUCAACCGAGGAGCUAAUACGUUUCUCCAUUCCUGGGGAAGAGGAAAGAUAUUUUUUGAUCGGGAGUUCAUUAAGCACUGUCGAACGUGAGGAGAUGUACCAAUUCUUGAUGAGAAACAUAGAGGUCUUUGCUUGGACUCCACAAGACAUGCCGGGCGUGGAUCCUUCGUUCGCCAUGCACUCAUUGAAUGUAGAUCCGAAUAGGCGACCGGUUGUGCAAAAAGUCCGACGCUCGUCGGUCGCGCAUACCGAAGCUGUGAUUGCAGAGGUGAAUCAACUAUUGGAAGCUGGCGUCAUUCGGGAAGUGCUAUAUCCCACCUGGCUUGCCAACCCGGUGGUUGUCCCGAAGAAAAAUGGGAAACUAAGGGUUUGUGUCGAUUACACGAACCUCAAUGAUGCCUGCCCUAUGGAUCGAUUUCCACUUCCUCGGAUUGAACAGAUGGUAGAUGCAACGGCAGGAUGUGAACGCUUGAGCUUCAUGGAUGCGUAUCGGGGCUAUCAUCAAAUAGCUUUGGAUCCGGAAGAUCAGGAAAAGACGGCCUUCAUCUCGCCUCGGGGAACCUUCUGCUACAAGGUUGUCCUGUUCGGCCUGAAGAAUGCAGGCGCCACCUUCCAACGCUUCAUCACGAAGAUGUUUCCUGGCAUGCUCGGCGUAAAAGUAGAAGCUUAUAUUGACGAUUUGGUUUGCAGAAGCAUAUUCGCUCGGGAUCACCUUCGAGAUCUGGGAGAGGUCUUUGCUAUCCUAAAACAUAGGAAGCUACGUCUCAAUGCCGAGAAGUGUGCGUUCGGAGUUAGCUCGGGGAAAUUCCUAGGGUACAUGGUGAGUCGCUGAGGAAUCGAAGCUGACCCUACCCAAAUUUUGGCUGUGUAGAGGCUCCGAGCUCCGACGACAAUUAAAGAGGUACAGCGGCUCACGGGGAUGGUUGCUGCCUUGAACCGUUUCAUUCGACGUUCGAGUGAUCUCUGCCGCCCAUUCUUCCGAGCAAUCACAACAAGCCGACGCAGAUUUGUAUGGACAGAGGAGUGCGAGCAGGCUCUGCAGUCUUUAAAGCAAUGCCUAUCUCACGCUCCUUUGCUUGUCAAGCCCCUGCCCGAUGAAGAUCUAUAUCUUUACCUUGCUGUUUCCGACCAUGCAACGAGUGCGGUUCUUGUUCGGAGAGAGGGGAUGGACCAUCAACCGAUCUUCUAUUCCAGUAAAACGAUGACGGAUUCUCAGACGAGGUAUCUGCCUAUGGAAAAGUUAGCAUUGGCUCUCGUUUCUGCUAAAACGAGCCUCUUGCCCUACUUUCAAUCCCAUAGGAUUGUGGUCCUCACUGAGUUUCCUCUCAAAGCUGUUCUUCGGAAAACGGACACGUCGAGCCGGAUUUUGAAGUUCUCUCAAGACUUGGCCAACUUCGACAUCCAAUUCGAGCCUCGGACAGCUAUCAAAGGGCAAGUCCUGGCCGACUUCUUUGCCGAACUCACUCCCGGCUUACAAGACGAGGCCAAUGCCCUGGCAACUGCCGCUGAAGAAGCUCGGAUUCAAGAAGAAGAGGUUUUGGAAGGGCCGUCCAGCUGUCGUACCGAACCAUUACGUGCUCGGUAUUCCCUCGGGCGCAAGAAACCCAAACGACAAUGGAAGCUCUUCUCCGGCGACGCUUGGCGACUGACCGUCGAUGGAGCUUCUAAUGUUCAUGGAGCUGGUGCAGGCAUCGUCCUUGUGUCACCCAGCGGGACUGUUCAUGAAAGCGUGGUUUCGAUUGGGUACACGGCGACGAACAACGAGGCGGAAUAUGAAGCUCUAAUUGCAGGCCUCCAACUUGCUCUUCGGCUGGAUGCAGAUUCGGUUCAUGUCUUUUGUAACUCUCAGCUCAUUGUGGGGCAUUUAAACGAUGAUUAUCAAGCCAAGGAUCAACGUAUGAAUGCUUACGUGAGCCACGUCUUAGCUUUGUUCGGAAGAUUUGGACGCGUAGAAGUGGAGUGGAUCGCUCGGGAGCAUAACGCCCAUGCUGACGCCCUUGCAGGUCUUGCUUCAGUCUACAAGACCUCGGGCAGUCACACCAUCACCUUUGACGAGGUCCCCAAACCAAGCUUCGAAAAGCCGUGUGAACAGGUUAUGGCCAUCACCCUCGGCCCAAGCCAGCUGGAUUCUGUGGUUGCUUACCUAAAGAAGCAAGUGCUACCGACGAACAAGCGCGAAGCGUACAAAAUCCGUUGCCGAGCCGCCAAUUUUUUCCUGGGACCGAACGACAAUCUCUACCGACGAACUUUCACUGGCCCCGAUCUGCGUGUCGUCCACGACGACCUUGUGCCAGCCGUUCUGGAAGAACUUCAUUCGGGUAGCUGUGGGGCUCACUCAGGAGGACGGUCCCUGGCACUGCGUGCCCUGACACAAGGCUAUUGGUGGCCGAAGAUGGUCAAACAAUCCGAAGAAUACGUGAAGCUCUGUGUUCGGUGCCAAAAGCAAGCAUCUCUCAUCCACCAACUUGCAUUUCCCCUUAAAAUGAUCACUAGUCCGUGGCCGUUCGCGGUUUGGGCUUUUGACAUAGUUGACAAGAUGCCGAAGGCGCCUGGAGGAUUUGAGUACAUGCUCACUGCCACAGAUUUGUUUACCAAGUGGGUAGAAGCUUCCCCCAUGAUCAAGACCACCGCCGGGGACGUGGAACGCUUUAUUUGGAAGCACAUCAUCUCCAGGUUCGGCGUACCGUACGCCAUCCUUUCUGAUAAUGGCUCCCAAUUUGUUGCCUCCGCUCUCAAAGCUUUUUAUGCGAAGCGCCACAUUACCAUCCAAAAUUCCUCGGUGGCAUAUCCUCAAGGUAAUGGACAAGCCGAAGCAUCGAACAAGUCAAUCACUCGGGGGCUGAAGCGCCGUCUGGAUCGGAAGCUCGGUAAGUGGGUGGAAGAGCUUCCACACGUCUUGUGGGCCUAUCGAACAACACCUCGGCGGUCCACCGGCCGUACUCCGUUUGCUAUGGCCUACGGUAUGGAGGCUGUCCUCCCUUUAUCUACUGUGAUCCCUAUAGCCCGGACGGAGAAUUUUAACCCUGUAGACAACAAUGCUCUUGUGGGUGCCGAGUUAGAUUUAGCCGAAGAACUACGUGACAAUGCUAACCUUCGGCACGCCGCGUACCAGCAAGAAGUUGCAAGGGGCUACAACCGCAAUGUUCGUGCUCGACCAUUCAACGUCGGGGACUUAGUCCUUCGGAUGGUUACCGAAGCGACAAGGUUGACCAAGCUGAAGGAUCCCUAUGAAGGCCCUUACCGAGUGAUGGAGAAGAUCGGGCAUGGUGUCUACAAGCUUGCUGAGAUGGAUGGAACUCCAAUCGCCAAUCCAUGGAAUGCACAAAAACUAAGAAAAUUCCAUGGCUAGUGUUGGCAUUUCCCAUUUGACCUCUUAUGCUUUAUUUUUAUUCUUGUACAUGGGGUAUUUCAUCUAGCCCCGGUAACAUCUUUUGUUCGGGUGAAAUUCUCGAAGCCCAUGAUAAUUUGUGUGUUCGGGUGAAAUUCUCGAAGCCCAUGCUAAUUCGAUUGUUCGGUUUAAAUUCUCGAAGCCCAUGAUAAUUUGUUUGUUCGGGUGAAAUUCUCGAAGCCAUUUGUUUGUUCGGGUGAAACUCUCGAAACCCAUGAUCACUUUUUCGGUUCAGUUUUCCCAUCCUACUGCCUUAUUCUAUUCCUCCAGUAAUACAAUAGGACAGGGGGCUACUAUAUGGGUAAACCUGAGUUCAUCUCUUAGUGACUUCAAAAUCACAUAAACAGUCCUUCCGAAUGAAAAGACUUCGAAAAUUUCUGGGUUAUGAUGUAUAUACCGAAUAAAAAGACUUGGCAAAUAUUUAUAUACUUGGAAACAACAUCCAUACCGAACGAAUAGACGAUUGUCAUUCAAAAAGAAAUUCUCCAACAUGUCUUAGUUACAUCCAAUGGUUGGCAGGGUUCCCAUUGUUCGGAGCCAACCAUAUUCAAAAAAAAAAAAA